CAGAGGAUGGAGACGUGGUGAACACAGACCUCAAUGACUCCCACUGCUCCAUUUAAAGGAAUCCAACUGAUUCGUCUUUAAAGAUCCUUCAGCAUCUCACAAGAGGAACUUUAAACGUUGCCUAUUUUCGGAAAAUCUUUGAAGAUCCGAUUUGGAGCGUUGAGCAACGUCUUUGAGUCACUUUUAUACGUGAGAGAAUCUCUUCAGUGACCGACGAACGAUUUCAGAGCAGCAGAAAGCAUUUUUCUUGCUUCACUGAAACAGCCUAUUAUAACAGGCUAAAGAGAGCGAUUUUCACACAAGGGAAAUAACAUAUUUAAAUGGUUACUUGGGGACUUUAUUCCAGAUCCAAAGGAUGGAGACGUGAAUGAUUAAUACUUUUACUGCCCAGCUGAUCUCAGAUUCCUCAAGUCAUGGAAGGAUGGGGAGCCUCUUAAUAGGCUACGUAAUAUUUUUCGCACGAUAUGGAGAGUUCGCCAUGCAUGCGCUCCCAUGGGAACCACUGCUGUAGGUAACUUUUACACCAUGGAUUUAGGAGGGCUUUCAACAAGUUUUAGGCGGGCUCGUUUAUCUUCUGGAACGUGAUUCGAAUUUAUGUGAUUUGUUUGAGUUUAUUAAGCAAACGGCUGCGGGAAAGACUUUGAAGAGGUUUUUAUCAUUUAUUUAUCGCAAGAUCCGGAGCAGAUCCUGCUGGCUCUUAUGGGAAUUAAACACUCCUCCCGGUGUUUGCUCCUUAGGAGAAAAAUGGCGGAUUCGGAAAGCACUGAGCAACAGCCCUUAAGUGCCGCCCCAUCCCAGUCGGUCCAGCCUUCUCCUCUGCCCAAACCAGUGUCAUCGGUCCAUCAUGCCCAGCGGCCCACACACCCGUCCCUCGCGCCUCACACCCCUCACUCAGCCAGCUUACCCAGCUGCCCCGGCAGAGGAAAGAUGGCCAAGUUCCUCAACCCCGAUGAGAUGACCUCCAGGGAUUACUAUUUUGACUCGUAUGCACACUUCGGUAUUCAUGAGGAAAUGCUAAAGGAUGAAGUGAGGACGAUGACGUACAGAAACUCGAUGUACCAUAACAAACACAUCUUCAAGGACAAGAUCGUGCUGGACGUGGGGAGUGGUACUGGCAUCCUCUCCAUGUUUGCUGCCAAGGCCGGAGCCAAGCACGUGUAUGGGAUUGAAUGCUCAAGUAUAUCAGAAUACUCUGAGAAAAUCAUCAAGGCCAAUCAUCUGGACAGUGUUAUAACCAUCUUUAAAGGGAAAGUGGAAGAAACUGAGCUGCCGGUAGAUCAGGUGGACAUUAUCAUCUCAGAAUGGAUGGGCUACUGCCUUUUUUAUGAGUCCAUGUUGAACACGGUCAUCUACGCCAGAGAUAAGUGGCUGAAACCUGGAGGUCUGAUGUUCCCAGACAGGGCUGCUCUUUAUGUGGUGGCCAUUGAAGACAGGCAGUACAAGGACUUCAAGAUUCACUGGUGGGAGAACGUCUAUGGUUUUGACAUGACCUGCAUCAGGAACGUAGCAAUGAAAGAACCACUGGUGGACAUCGUGGACUCAAAGCAAAUGGUAUCCAACGCCUGCCUGAUCAAGGAAGUGGACAUCUACACAGUGAAACCAGAGGAACUGUCCUUCACCUCUUCCUUCUGUCUGCAGAUCCAGAGGAACGAUUACGUCCAUGCUUUGGUCACCUACUUUAAUAUAGAAUUCACCAAGUGUCAUAAAAAGACUGGCUUCUCCACAGCACCAGAUGCCCCAUACACACACUGGAAGCAGACAGUGUUUUAUCUGGAGGAGUAUUUGACUGUGAAAAGAGGAGAGGAGAUAGUCGGCACCGUCAGCAUGAAGCCAAACGAGAAGAACGUGCGUGAUCUGGACUUUACCUUUGAGCUGGACUUUAAAGGUCAGCUAUGUGAAGCCGCUAUCGCUCACGACUAUAAGAUGCGCUAAGCAUCCAGCAGAGGUGAGAGACGGUUCUUGACAGCAUUCAGAGAACCAGGAGCCGCUCCAGAACAUAGCUACAGCAACACAGAGAGAAAGACCAGGACAUACGUUAUUCCUGGGAGUCUUGCCACUGUAUUUUGGAGCGGGGUGGCACUUCUAGCAAUAGCGUCCUUGCCUUCGCCAACUGUAGCCUGCACUAGUACGCCAUCUCUCCGACUGUUCAGGGGCCGACUAUGACUGCACCCCACUGCAAAGAAAAGAAUGUCAUGGGCUUAUGAAUGUUAAGUGUUAGUUUAUGGUUACUCUGCUUUUUAUAUAAGGAGUUUCAGUUCAUGGUGAAGGUGUGCAUCCCAGACUUGCAAAGUUUAACAUAUUAAACUUGCAUACAUAGUUUAAUUAACACUUACAAACCUGUAGUAAUAAUUUAUUGUAACAAAAUUUUACAACUUUAUUGCAGUAGGAUACGUUGUUAUGUAGAUUUAAGAUCAGGUUUUGACAAAAUCCAGGUCAUUCUCGGGAAACGAGGCCAUUUGUGUUCGAAAAUGUCCGAUUUUUAGUUAAAUAUCAUUGACCAUUUUUUAAAGGCAGCAUUUCUUUUUUGCUUUGUGCUUAGAACUUUUUUUUCUGUAAAGCUAGAGUAUUAAAAACUAUGAUUUUUUUUCCCCACUUGGUUUGCAAAAACAACUAUUGAGCUUUACGAAGCCAAUAUACACUCACCUAAAGUAUUAUUAGGAACACUAAAACUGUGUUUGACCCCUUUUCGCCUUCAGAACUGCCUUAA